CGGAAGGAGAGGACCCUCGGGGAUCGGCUGCCUGGGAGGAGGAGGAGGCCGGGAUGGCGGUGCAGGCGGCCCACCUGGAGGCCGACGCCUUCCUGGUCUGCCUGAACCACGCGCUGAGCACCGAGAAGGAGGAGGUCAUGGGCCUCUGCAUCGGGGAGGUCGACACUAGCCGAAUUGUCCAUAUUCAUUCGGUGAUCAUUCUCCGAAGGUCGGAUAAAAGAAAGGACCGGGUGGAGAUUUCUCCUGAGCAGCUCUCAGCUGCUUCGACAGAAGCAGAGAGAUUGGCUGAAUUAACAGGGCGGCCUAUGAGGGUUGUGGGCUGGUAUCAUUCUCAUCCGCACAUAACAGUCUGGCCAUCUCAUGUAGAUGUCCGUACACAAGCAAUGUAUCAGAUGAUGGACCAAGGCUUUGUGGGGCUGAUAUUCUCCUGCUUUAUUGAGGACAAAAACACAAAGACAGGCCGGAUUCUGUACACUUGUUUCCAGUCCAUUCAAGCCCAAAAGAGCUCAGAAUACGAAAGGAUUGAAAUUCCGAUUCACGUUGUUCCUCACAACACCAUUGGGAAAGUGUGUCUUGAGUCAGCUGUUGAACUGCCUAAGAUCUUGUGUCAAGAGGAGCAGGAUGCUUAUAGGAAAAUCCACAGCCUUACUCAUCUGGAUUCAAUAACAAAGAUACACAAUGGCUCAGUGUUCACAAAGAACCUCUGCAGCCAGAUGUCAGCCAUCAGUGGCCCACUCCUGCAGUGGCUGGAGGACCGUUUGGAGCAGAACAAACAGAGGAUGCUGGAAUUGCAGCAGGAGAAAGAGGAGCUUCUCGAGGAGCUGGCUGCCCUGGAGUGAGGGAACGCAGGCUUCGUUUUGCCUGGGAAGACGUUCCUCGGCUUCGUCCUGUCCUCACUUGCUGCUUCUCCUGGGACUCCUUCCAUGCUGUCACAAAAUCAGAAGGACCCUAGAGCAUGGAAUAUCAGUGAGCAGGGCACUGGAGCAAGAUGCAAGUUAAUUUUUGUGACGAUGGGCAACACAACAGUUCUCGGAGCUAAAGAUGUGUGUGUUGGGAUAAUAUAGACUUGCCAGUUCUUGUCCUGAUACACCUCUAGGGGCAAAUAAAUUGCUCCUUAUGUUUGAAUCAGCCACUUUGGUGGAGCCAGAGAGAGACGUGAGUCCUCUUCUUUCUCAAUUGACAAAUACUAUGUAUGUUAAUGGCAAACAAUUCAGUUGGUGACAUUUCACAAAGCAAGACUUAUGUCUUUUGUCUGUCUUUAUGAAUAAAAUCAAACUCAAAAG